AUGAUCAAUUCACAGGACAAGGAGUUGAUCAAACGGGCAAUCCCCAAGGCCUCCAAUAAGAUAUUGGCGGCGGCUGUGGCGAAGCUGUACAUCGCCUAUCCGGAACCUGACCAUUGGACUCCUACGGGACUCGCAGGCGCCAUAGUGUUAGUAGACGACCUGGUGGGCCAUACCUUCUUUUUGAAAUUGGUGGAUAUCGUGUCGCACAAGGGAGUUUUAUGGGAUCAAGAGCUGUACAUUGACUUUGAAUACAACCAGGAUCGCUCGUUCUUUCACUCUUUUGAGUGCGAGGAGUGUUAUUUUGGACUCCUGUUCGAGGACAAAAGCGAGGCCUCCAGUUUUUACAAGAAAGUCAAAUCUCGCGAUAAACACGGCUCCAAACAGACUGUCCAGAACAAGCACGGCGUCGAGCUGAAGAAGGAACCCACUCAGGUGAACAAG